UACCCCCACCAUGAUAGUUCCCUGUUUACCGACGUUGCGGAUCUCGCUCCACAAAUCUGCGGGAGUCAACGCUCGUUGGUGCAUCCCAGCCAAUCACCGACUGACGUCCCACAGUGACGAGACGACGCGUCGAAAUCUCUACCAUGUUCUGAAAGCGGCACCCACCUUCUCCACCUUGCUCCUUUCUCAGUUUUCUUUUUUUUUUUUUAUUUUGCGUGAAGAAGCUGAAAGAGCCGGUCCUGAAUGCUCCCCUGCUUUCUUCGGUAAGCGUUGGAAGCAUCUGGGUUACUCCAAGAUUCUUGCCUUUCUUUUAUUAUUGUUUUUUUCUUCUUGGGAGCUUCUUGGUGGGUUUGAGCGCGAGUGACGUUUGGAUUGAGAUCCUCUUGUUUCCUCUGGCGGAAUUUGGUUACCUGCUGAAACAAUUCUGAUCUUGGGGUUCACGGGUUGGGCAAAGAAAGGUGAUCCUCUGUUGCAGAAGCCCCUCCAUGGAUGCUAAUGGUGUGAAGCAGCCCCUGCUGUCUAAGCCGUUCAAUUCACCUCGAACAGAUAAAAAGGAACUCAAGAGAAAUAGGCUUCGUCGCUGCAAAAGUGCUCCUCUUGCAGAAGCCGUUCUUCAAGAAGCGAAUCUCAAUGGCCCAAUCCAGCCCUCGAAUUCCAUACUUAGGAACCUCCACCCCAGUUUCAAAAGAGUUGCAAUAAUCUUGGUAUUCUACCUAGGAAUUGGCACAAUGUGUUUUUACCUCGUGAGGAACGAGAUUGAUGGAGAAAAGACAAACGACCUUUUUGAUGCAGUUUAUUUCUGUAUCGUGACGAUGACCACUGUUGGGUAUGGAGACCUUGUGCCAGGCAGUGCUCUGACGAAACUACUUGCUUGUGCUUUUGUCUUCUCAGGGAUGGCUAUUGUAGGCCUCAUUCUGAGCAGAGCGGCAGAUUAUCUUGUAGAGAAGCAGGAAAUCCUGCUGGUCAAAGCGCUGCAUUUGCGUAACAAAGUUGGCCCAACUGAAAUGCUAAAAGAAAUUGAAACCAACGGAGUAAGAUAUAAGUGUGUCACAGCCUUUAUCCUUCUGCUGUUGCUCAUAGUUGCUGGAACAACUUUUCUUGCUUUAAUUGAGAACCUGGACAUUGUCGACGCAUUCUACUGUGUGUGUUCUACCAUCACAACACUAGGAUACGGAGAUAAAAGUUUCUCGACAGAAGGAGGGCGUAUUUUUGCUGUAUUUUGGAUACUAACAAGUACAAUAUGUCUGGCUCAGUUUUUCCUUUACAUUGCUGAGCUAAACACGGAAAAUAGACAGAGGGCAUUGGUCAAAUGGGUUCUCUCUAGGAGGAUGACUAACGUCGAUCUGGAGGCAGCUGAUCUUGAUAAUGAUGGGGUUGUUGGGGCUGCUGAGUUCAUUAUAUAUAAGCUCAAGGAAAUGGGGAAGAUUAGUCAAGAAGAUAUCUCACUAAUUUUAGAGGAGUUUGAUGAUCUUGAUGUCGAUCAAUCAGGAACUUUGUCUGGUUCUGAUAUAACACUAGCCCAAUCAUCCUAAGCAGAGACGUGAUUGCACCAUACUUGAGUGAUUAAUGACUUGUGCAGCUGUGUAUAUCAUCUCGGAUUAUUGAUGUUAUGUGUAUAUAUGUAAGGUCCUGUGAUUAGAGGAGUUCUUUCAUGGUUUAGAAGAAUCCCACAAUACUAGUUGCAUUAGGAAAAUGAAAGAUUUGGUUCGGGAGCUCUUCAAUUUCCAUUUCUAAUGCAGGAGUAGCAUUGGCAGUUGCGUAUUGUUCUCUUAA